AGCUGUCAUUGGUCGCGCACCAACUCCGUCAAGUGCUGGCCGUCAUAUAGAGGGUAGCGGUUCGACUACUCACAGUGACCAGUCUAAGUGUACUCGGUGCAGACAUGCUCGCGCUCCUCUGUCUGUGUGUGGUGCUGCUGGUGUGGUGGUUCUCGCGGCCGAAGAAGUCCCCGAGUACGAUUCCGGGGCCGCGGCCCUGGCCCCUCAUCGGCAGCAUGCACCUCCUGGCCGGGCACGAGACGCCCUUCCAGGCCUUCACCGCGCUCAGUCGGGUCUACGGAGACAUCUUCAGCAUCCACCUCGGGUCGGCUUCCUGUGUCGUCGUCAACAACUUCAAGCUGAUCAAAGAGGUGCUCAUCGCCAAGGGGGGCGACUUCGGGGGCCGGCCCGACUUCGCUCGCUUCCAUAAGCUCUUCGGCGGCGAUCGCAACAAUUCGCUCGCCCUGUGUGACUGGUCCUCGCUGCAGAAGACGCGCCGCAGCAUCGCCCGCACUUACUGCUCGCCCAGAUUCACUUCGCUCCAGUACGACAGAGUCAACAACGUCGGCGAAGAGGAGCUCAAGUCCUUCCUCCACCAACUGGACCAACUCCCCCACGGCCAGCCCUGCAACGUCAAGCCGGCCGUCCUCAUGGUCUGCGCCAACAUGUUCACCCAGUACAUGUGCUCCACAAGCUUCGCCUACGAGGACAAAGGCUUCCAGAAGAUCGUCCGGUAUUUCGAUGAGAUCUUCUGGGAGAUCAAUCAAGGCUAUGCCGUCGACUUCCUCCCCUGGCUCCUCCCGGUCUACACCGGCCACAUGAAGAAAAUCUCCAACUGGGCCACGGAAAUCCGACAGUUUAUCUUGUCGAGGAUCAUUGACAAACACCGCGCGACCUUAGACACCAACUCCCCACCGAGAGACUUCACCGAUGCUCUUUUGAUGCACUUGGAGGAAGACCCAAAUAUGAAUUGGCAACAUAUCAUAUUCGAAUUGGAAGAUUUCCUCGGGGGACACUCGGCCAUCGGUAACUUGGUCAUGGUAACUCUAGCCGCAGUCGUCGAUCAUCCGGAAGUCGCGAAACGUAUUCAGGAAGAAGUCGACCAAGUGACUGGCGGUACUCGCUGCCCGAACCUUUUCGACAAAGCUGCGAUGCCCUACACGGAAGCCACCAUCUUGGAAACUCUCCGAACAGCCUCUUCGCCCAUUGUCCCACACGUCGCGAGUAAAGACACCGAAAUCGACGGACACGAAGUCAGCAAAGGCACGAUUGUAUUCAUUAACAACUACGAGCUGAAUCAAGGCGAUGCUUAUUGGGACGAGCCUGGACUGUUCAAGCCUGAACGAUUCCUUUCGAGCACCGGCAAUAUCGUCAAACCGGCACAUUUCAUUCCUUUCAGCACGGGAAAGAGGACGUGCAUCGGCCAAAGGCUCGUCCAAUGUUUCAGUUUCGUGGUUUUAGCAACACUUCUGCAGUAUUAUGACGUCAGUACAAAAGAAAGCGUAAAGGUACAACCUGGCUGCGUUGCGGUCCCGCCUGAUUGUUUCAAGCUAGUAUUGACACCAAGAAAAUAAACGAUGUGUAGUACUGAACCGGUGAGCGAUUAGGCGAUGCUUAUCGGAGGGUAUUUUGUAAGAUUGCGGCUGUAAUCACAGGUAGUUUGUAUGACAGUGGAGAGGGCGGGCGCCCUGCCGGAACUUGUACGGCCACUAAAAGACGAGGCU